UUUUUGGUGCUUCAGUUGGUAGUCGCCAAUUUUUUUCAGAUUUUCAAAGCUAAAAGCUAAUAAUACUUUGCUAUUUUCCAAUCAUUAUUUUAGUUCUAAAAUGGACAUUGACGUCAGUAAAGAGAACAUUCAACCCCUGAGAGGUGGAAGGAACCUUGUGCAAUUGGGUACGGCGUUGCAGGCACAGUCAGAUGUGGAUGCCCAGAAACAGCUGCAGUUGCAGAAAGAGGAACAUGAAGCAGCUAUCAGGAAUUACCAGGGACCAGAUCCCUUGGAUCCCUGGUUCAAUUAUAUUCAAUGGGUAGAACAAUCAUACCCAAAGGCUGGCCAUGAGGGACAUAUUGACAAGUUAAUUAAGGACUGUCUGCAAUUAUUUGAAAAUGAUAAAAGGUAUUAUCAAGAUAGGAGAUUUGUGAAGCUUUGGAUAAAAUAUGUGGAUUGUCUUUCAAGUCCUCUGGAGAUAUACCAAAAGUUGUACAACACUGGGAUAGGUGUGGAAUGUGCAGAGUUCUAUCGUGCUUGGGCAUGUUAUUGUGAGGAAUCUAGCGACUACAAAAAAGCCAACCAGGUUUAUAUGCUGGGUCUUCAAGCCAAGGCACAGCCAUUAGAUGAACUUGAACAAGCUCACAUGAACUUUCAAUUAUUUUUUGCUCAAAGAAUGCUGCAUGAUGAUUCUCCAACUAAAAGAAAGGCAGCAUCGGCGCUGGCUGAAACUAGAAUGGCCUUAACAUCACUAAAAUCUUUCAAAAGACGUAACAUAGCUAGUGCACCAGUACAAAGAGUUGGAGAGAGAGUUAGAAGUAAUAUUCCAGGGGUUGUGAGACAACAGAAUAAUCAUUACGAUAAUAGAAUGCCCAACUCCAAUGUCAUGGUCAAUAUUUAUGAGGAUGCACCAUCAACAUCACAAACAAUACCUGUGGGGCAGGACCCUGGCCCUGCUUCUCUUGUGCAGGCUUGUAGUAAUGUUGAGAAUGAGAAGGAAGUGGGGAUGUGGACGGACCCCAAAACUAAAAUGGUACACACAAAUGUUGUGCCACAUCAACCGCUGCCUUUUACUCCAUAUGAAGAUGAAGAUGAUGUUCUGAGACUACCAGCAAACCAUAUGCCUUAUUGCGUGGAUGAUUUAGCAUUUUCUGUGCCUCUUUGUGUACCUGAUCCACCAGAUGCAACGAAAAUACCUUGUUAUAAUAAGUCACAGGUGUAUACCAAUGAUACAGAGUACAGUUUAGAAGAAAUAAGGUCAAGAAAAUAUAACUUAGAGAAGAAUACUAAGACUGAAAAUAUUGAAAAUGUUGAAGUGCAGCAAUCCUACAAUAAUAUUAAUGAAACUCUCGCCCAAUGUAGCGCACUUGAAACUUUAGCCAACUGUGCUUUAGACCCUGAGCAAGACCAUUUGGGGCAGCUGAUGCCUUUAACAAUACCCACAUUACAAAACAUAACUAAAGUUACAAAUAUGCAUUCACCUGGAGAACCAAAAGUGUUAGUGAACUUAGAUUCUAAAGAGUUAAGUGAAUUAUCUACAAAGAAAAAUGAUGAAAGUCAAAAACUCCUAAAUGUUGAUAAGGAAAAUCAAAUGCACCAAUAUGGGGCAUCAAGUAAUUAUGGUUCCGAAAAUGCUGGUACAAAUUAUGGUAAAAACAACUUGAUGGAAGAGUUCAAUAGAAGUCUUAUGGGUAAUCUUCUUGGAGAUUCUGUGACAGUAAACACAAAGGAAGCAAGGUGGGAACUUAGAAACUUAUUUAAUGACAAUGAGCCUUCAAUAGUCCAACCAGUGGUGCAACAGUUUGAAGUGCCAAAUUUUGAUAUACAUGAAGACAGGUCCAUUACAAUGGCUCUUAACAUCAAGAAAAAAACAGAAACAGGAGAUGCUAGAAACAUAUCUCAAAAUAAGGAAAAUGAAAACAAAUUUACUGUUCCUGUUGUAGUAACUGAACAAAAUGUAAAUAAAACUGCAUACUAUGAGGAACCUUCAUGUACUCAAGUAUUCAACUUUAAUAUUAAAGAUGCUAGCACACCCAAUAUGUCUCAGUUUAAGAAACCUAUAACAUCUAUUGACCAAUCCAAUAAGUUUCCAUCUGUGCCAAAGUUCAGCAUAGAUGAAAGUGUUAUAGAGCAUGUUGAUCAAGGUAUAACAAAGAGGGAGGAGAUAUCUAGGCAACACCCAAUGGAGCAAAUACCUACUGACCACCAGGGUGCUGGACUCUCGGUUAUUAUGGAAGCUACCAGGGAAUAUAACAGUAAAUCGGGCUCUAGUUCAUCUGGUCAAUCCACAAGAACAAAUUUUACUGGUUACACCACAAACUUCGAUUCUAUGUAUAAUAAUAAUGACCCGCAACAACCUACUACAUCAAAAAGGAGUUCUAUGUCGACGCAACCCAGACUUGUGAAUGGUCAAUUUGCAAGAAUACACCCAAAACGAGAAAUGCCGGAAAAUAAGCCUACGCCAACAUCUGCGCCGUCCGCUACAGUGCCUUAUUUCUCUCACGAUCAUCAGUACCAAAAACCGAUGCCUGGCAACUAUAAUGGUUACUCCCCUCAAUCACAGAGGACAAUGAUGAAUCAUUACCAACUGAACUACUCCUACCAACAGAAUUAUGGUAAUAAUCAAAUGAUUAAUCAACAAGCUCAACAAGGUUAUGCAAGUCCAAAUCCGAAUGCUUAUCAAAGCCCCCAACAUCCUGGCAUGCAAAGUCCUCAUGCCGUGAACUCAUCUGUACCACCAGGCUUUCAAAGUCCAACAUACAAUAAUCAAGUAGGCUAUCACAGUCCAGGACAUACAAUGAUGAGUCCACAGCAGAACUAUGCUAACCGGCAAGAUUACCAAUAUCCUGCCCAGUCAGACAGGCAGCAUAUUUACGUUAAUCAGCAGCAACAGCAGCAACAGCAACAACAGCAGCAACAGCAACAACAACCUGCUAUAUUUCAAAGUCCCCCUCAUCAAACACAAUACCAAAAUGCCCAGUACUAUCAAAGAACUAAUCAGGUGCCACCAAAUCAGGGAUAUAAUCAACAAACUUACCAUAUGCAGAAUCAGUAUGGAAAUGCAAAUAUGUACAAUACAACUAAUCAAAAUUACAAUGUAAUGCAGAAUUCAUACAGACAAGCUGCCAAACCAAUGUUGGAUAAUAGUUCUGGUGGAUAUGGCGGUGCCGGCAAUCAAUCAUUUCAAAUUUACCAAAGUCCACAAAAUCCUCAGAAUAACUAUCAAAAUGCUUCAAUGCAUAGAGUUUCUGGGCCUCAAGAACCUUCAGAAAUUCAAAUGCGGCAUGAAUCUCAUGCACAUGUAAACACUUUAAAAACGCAUGAAACCACAAUAACAGAACAAAAUGUCGCCAAUAAAUUAACUCCUCAGUCUAAAGAGCCACAACAGCACAAAAGCCCUACAGCAGCCUUAAGAAAUAUAAGGCAUGACCAACCUAAUGCUAAACUUGGCCAGAACUCUCCUGAUAUAGGAUUUUCUAACCAGUUCAUCAAUUUCAUUUCAAAUCGCAAUGAGCCUAAAGAUAACGCAAACACACCUAAGUUUAGUAACAGUCCAAAUAUCUCACAGAAGAUGCACAAAAAUUUAUAUGUAUCUAGUCCAGAACAGGCACAAAUACCUCCUUCAUCAGGAAUGUCAGAUUCUGAUAGCAAAGAUGGGAUGACGGCUCAGACGGGAACUCCGCUGCAAUCGGCCAAAGUAUCACACGCAAUUGAAAAGCAAAAGGAUAUUUCUAAGAGGCAACUGGACUUUGAUAAUAGGGUUGAAGUUCAGUCAGAAGAUAGCCGGGAUUCAGUUUGCAAGGAUGGUCGAAUCUCAUCAGUGUAUUCCAGACAGUCUGACAUGCAAUCUGAUGGUUAUGGAAUGGAUGUAGAUAGUGAAAAUUCAAUGGAAUGUGGGGCAUUUAAAUCUACUCAUUCUAUUUCAUUGGUUGAGACCAGUGACAUUCCUAGGCCAGCUGAUAUAGACUUCCCCAAAUUAAUAGAUCCAUUUAAUAAAAGGCUUCUAGAUUCCUUAUUGGAAUAUGUUAAAUUUCCCAAUAAGACUCAUGCAGACGGAUAUAUUGAAGUCAGGUCAGUUCCUAAAUUGCAAAUUGCCACAGUUGUAAGUGUUGGCAAUAAUAAGUUUUCCAUUGAAAAACAGCUUGGUAAAGGUAAUUAUGGGGCAGUAUUUCUCUGCCUCGAUCUUCACACCAACAAAUCAGUUGCAGUUAAAUAUCAAAAGCCAAGUCGACCAUGGGAGUUUUACAUUUGCCAAGAAAUUAAAGCAAGGAUAAAGGACCCUUUCAUGUUGCCUGGCUAUAUGGACAUUUCUACAGCCUUCUUGGGUGACAAUGCUAGUUUAUUUGUAUCAGAAUAUUCAAAGUAUGGAUCAUUAUUAGAUGUUGCUAAUAAAAUUAGAGCUGCUACCUCCAAAUGUAUAAAUGAAUUCAUAGUAAUAUUACUUACAUCAGAGAUGCUCUCUAUUAUUCACUAUCUACAUAAGGCGCAGAUCAUACAUGCAGAUAUCAAACCUGACAACUUUUUGCUGAUGAAAAUACCUACUCAAGAAUGGAGAACGCCAUCUCUGCAGUUAAUUGACUUAGGUUGCGCCAUAGAUAUGUCGUUAUUUCCAGAAGGCACUACAUUUAGAGAAUUAAUCUCUACAGAAGGAUUCACUUGUACAGAAAUGAAAGAAGGCAAACCAUGGACCUAUCAGACAGAUUUGUACUGCUUAGCUGGUACAAUACAUGUCAUUCUAAUGGGCAGUUACAUGAAAAUAGCACAUCGUUUAGGCCAAUGGAAUAUUGACAAGAAAUUACCAAGGUACAUGAAAGUCAGUUUAUGGGACAAGAUAUUUACAACAUUGCUGAAUAUUCCUGAUUGUAAUAAUUUGCCUGAUUUAAUGGAUCUCAAAAAUGAAGUAGAUAGUGUUCUGAAUGAAAUCGACAAUCUUGGCUUUCAGCUGCGAAAUUUUGCUAAUGUGCUUAAAUCUAGAUAAAUAACAAAUAGCCCAGAUUCUAUUUAUUGCAUUUAGUAUGGCGACUGUAAAAACUAGAUACCUAUUAUGUAUUAAUCAUUACUUAUACAAAUUAUUUGACAUAAGUUUGAUGAAUUCUUGGAUUGUUGGCCAGGUCGAAAUUUGCUCGUCUAAUAAAGCAAUAAGUAUUAAAAAUUAUAAAAAAAUCUAUAACUUAGUUAAAAUAUGCCUUGUUGUGUUUAGUUAAAUUGUGAUAUUGUGACUUCUUUUUUUGUUAGUGUAAAUCCUAGAUUAACUUGUUAGCUUAACUAAUGAAUGUUGGAAUAUUAGUUAGGUUUCAUUUAUUUUUGUACAACCCAAGAAGACUUGCACAUUUCACAUUUCUUGUUUGAAUUGUAAUGAAAAUAAAGAAUUACCUGGUUGGUAA